UCACCAAGACACGGACCGACACCGCACCAACCCCUCCUCUCUCUCGCUCGCUGUAGUCGGGAGAGAAGCAUGCAGCGGCAGUCGCUCGGGUCGCCGGGCGCGAAGCUCCAGAUGAGCGGAGCCGCCGGCGGAGGGGACAAGGAGGAGAGGCGAAGGAGCGCUGGUGGAGCGGCGGCGGUGACGGUGCCGGAGGAGGAGCAGAUCAAGGCCGAGAAGCUGAUCCGAUCGAACUCGAGGACGGAGAGAUCCAUCCACCUCAUCCCUCUCCUCACCGUCCUCUGCUUGCUCCUCCUCUACCUCAUCUCCCAUGACCCCACGCCCAUAGAAUUGGAAAAGCUCGGCGGCGACGCCCGUCUUCUGUUCGACAACGCGGGAUCGUCGACGGAGAUCGGGCGAAAUAUCGGGGCCGGGAUCGGCGGCGUAACGGCGAUUCGGAGUCAUCGGGGGCUGAAGGAGGCGAGGAAGCUCCGGCACCGGAAGCUGGGGAGGUUCUCCUAAUGGCCGCGCACGUGCGACGGCGUUUGGCUAGGCUCUCCGCACGUGAGUACUCCUGUCUUGACACGUGCCGGACUGUGCUGAUCGAAACCAGGGGGUGAUUUGCUUUGUUGUAUGGGCGUCGGUUGCAUUGAUUCGCACUUGCGCUGGAUUAAUUCACUGUCAAUACGAUAAUUUUUCUAUUAUUUUGAAAAAAUAACAAAAAAAAUGCCCUUAUUUUUUUUUGUAAAA